GUUAACUCUUGAUGUUACAUCACUCACAGUGCCUGUGGGCAAGAUGAAGUGAAUCCUAUGUUCUGACUGGGCUACCUAAGCGGGCAAGAUGGGCUUGUGUUCCCCACUUGGGAUAGCCCACAUUGAUCUGGUGCAUGAAAAAUAUUGAAUCAAACCUGUACGUUCUUAAUUCUUGUAUUAUGUCAGCGAUGGAAAAGCAAAAAGGAGCAGAAGAUAGUCAAAACAAAGGAAACAAAAACGACUCUUGUGAAUUUGUUUUGCUACAAACACAGUUGGCUUUCUUUCCUUGCUCUCGAAUUAGAGAUGUGUGUUUGUGCCGCAAAGAACAGUGACUUUGCUUUGGCGGAUAAUGCUGUGGUAAUUGAUCUUUCUGACAUGAACAGUGUAACAGUGGAUGUGGAAAAGAAGGUUGUUGUAGCAGGUGCAGGUGCAAAAUUGAGUGAUGUUGACAAGGAAACUGUACGUCAUUCACUGGUGACACCUCUUGGUAGCUAUUCUGAACUGGGUGUGGCAGGGUUCACAUUGCUCGGUGGAACAGGGUUUCUGAGCAGAUCCCUUGGGUGCACUGCAGAUAAUUGUUUAGAGUUUGAACUGGUCACGUCUUCCGGAGAUGUUGUGAGAGCAAGUGAGAAUGAAAAUCCAGAACUGUUUUGGGGAAUGAAAGGUUUUGGAUCCAAUUUUGGGGUCGUUACUUCCUUGAAGUAUCGACUUCAUGACAUCCCAGAGUUUGUCAUUGGAGGCGAUCUCUAUUACCCCAUGUCUAAAGCAGCAAGCGCAUUCAAGAUUAUCCGAGACUUUCUUCGCGAGAGGGAAGAUAAUCGACUGGCUGUUUAUAUGAUGUUGCAUUUCAAGCGAGGCGGACCGCAAGCUCUUUGUCGCUUCUUGUUCAUUGGUCCUCCCAGAGAGGGAGGGGCACUACUGAUGGAGCUAACAGACCUAACAAAACCGUUAGUGAACAAAGUGAAGCCUUUACCAUUUGACGAGUUCCAGAAGAGUGGAGACUGGAUGGUACAGAGAGGAAUCACUUACUACGCUACUAUGGGAAAUUUUGUCGAAGAACUUACCGAUGACGGCAUUGAUAUCAUCUUUGAUGGGAUCAACCAAGCGCCUGAUUCGCGCAUCGUAGCAGGCAGUAACAUCUACAUAACAAGCCUUGGAGGGAAAGUCAAGGAAAUACCAGCUGAGAGUAGCCCAUAUCCCUUUAGAAAAGCAGAAUAUUGGAUUGGAAUUGUAGCUGGAACACCUGACCCCAACUUCUAUGAAGAAGUGAAAACCUGGGUGGACAGUAUGGACAGUAGACUAUCCAAAUAUGGUAUAUUCCCACAAGGCCCUGAAGCGGAAGAAGAACAUGAAAGAAUCAGGGCGCUGAAAGUCAAGUACGAUCCCGAAAACUUCUUCCAUCACAACUUAAAUAUCGAUCCCAGAAAAGAGACUCAGAAGGAUCAGCUGUAGCUUAUGCACAUGUAUGCUUUUGCACAUAUCGUUGAAUAUGGUGUGAAGGGACUAGAAUAGAGUUAAUUUUCUUUCUAUGCUGGGAUAGCAUAGAACGAUAAGCCGUGGUCAGCCAUAGCGUAGACUAGGAUCUAUGUAUACAAUUGGAAGUCUUAGUCGACGCUGUGGCUGGCCACGGCUUAUCACCCAGCCACAGCUAUAGUUUUAUUUUUAUUCUGGGCAUCCAGAUGUAUAUACUGCCGCAUAAUAAAAACAAUAGUUGCAAUAAUUGCUCACGGUCGCUGUCAGCUAUGCAAUGAGUAAAAGUUAAGGCUAUGCUAAUGACGACCAUAUGCCUCUUUAAGGAGCUUCAUGAGGUUUAUGACCGCACGAGAUGUGGACGAAAACAAAACGCGAGCUUCAAAAAUUACAGCAAGAAAAAUAAACAUGGUUGCGCGAUACGAUCGCAAGAUUGUUAUUUCUAAAGGUGUAUAGGUCAAUACAAAAUAAUAAUAAUAUUAUUAUUAUUAUGCAGUAUACAGGUUUGGAUGCUAGUGAGCUAAGCAAGAUAGGCGAAAAUUCGUAGCCUAUCUGCAUGACAGGACUGUUAACUAUAACAAUAGCUAAUACUACUUAAAUAUAAGUGAUCAAUAUAAAACGAUAAAAGUGU